AUUGAAUCUGUACAUUCGUUCAAAACAUGCCACGAAGUAAGACAGAUAAAACACACCUUAUUUGGAUUGUACGCAACUGUGACUUUAUACAAUUAUUAUAAUUAUGUAAUAUUAGAUAUAUUACCAACUGUUGCACAUUCAUAUUCGUUUACGUUUCAAUCGUGCGCACUUCUUGCGGAUAUACUAUUCACAUACAAUCUAAAAGGAUUCGUUACUAUACUUAAACUAAUCAAACAAAAGAAUGCAGACGGUCAACAUUUUUUUCGGACUUGUCCUGGUAAUAACGAAUUGUCGGGAAACAGGGGCAACCAAACUUGACUGCGCGUUAGUUAGAUGUUUGCUACCCGACUGUAAUGGAGACGAUACCAUAACGCCAACCGGCCAGUGUUGUCCUACCUGUCCCGGGAACCAAAACAAAAGUCAAUGCGUGGUGGGGGACAAUGCCUUCGCUGAUGGGUCUAUCUGGGUGGACAAAUGUAACAAGUGUCGUUGCAAUGACGGGCAGGUGCUUUGCACCAAGACAAAAUGUCCAGACUGCACACUCCAACUUUGUGAGCCUCUACCCUGCGAUGAGAAAAAACAGAUAAAGAGACCAUGGGAGUGCUGUCCUAAAUGCAAACCAGAGAAAUGUAAUGCCCAAACGAAUGCAGAUAAAGAUCCAUGCACGUCGUGUUUUUGUGAAAACGACGAUCUCGUCUGCUACACGUUCGCGUGCAUCGCGUGUGUUGGGGAGACGAAAAAAGGUGAUUGUUGUCCCACUUGCUCGUCAACGCCUUGAAAGCAGAAAAUAAAAGUGACCAAACAUUUUCAAUUGACAAAGGACUUGAGCAUAUCUACAUAUAUAAGAAUUUGUUAUCUUUGGAAUUCUUGAUUGUCUUACACUUCUUGAUAUUCUUUGAUAUAAUUCUUUCUGAAAUGUCUCCAGUUAUCUCUACGAUCUAGCUAACUUUGUUUGGAAAAUAAACACCCCGCAUACA